UGUGCUGGUCUUUUUUCCCUUUUUUUUUUUUUUAAGUGUGGCUCUCAGCUGCCGAGGCGGAUGAUGAUGAUGGCGGAGCUGGUUCAGGGACAGGCCUCGGUGGCUCAGCCCGGAACGAAAGAUGACUUCGCAGACACGAUACGCCGGGUCCGACAGAUGGCAGCCAAGAUGGGAGGAGACCAGAUGCCCAACAUGAACAGUUCCUCUCCAGUCUUAGACCCCUCUCUCUAUGGCUUUGGAGGCCAAAAACGUUCACUAGACAACGGAGUAGGGAACCACCUCGGCGCAAUGGUACAUCAAAGGGCUCUUGCGACAGAAGACUUCAAAGUGCCUGAUAAGAUGGUGGGAUUCAUCAUUGGAAAAGGAGGAGAGCAGAUCUCAAGAAUUCAACUGGAAUCGGGUUGUAAGAUCCAGAUUGCUUCAGACAGUGGAGGCAUGUUGGACAGGCCCUGCACACUGACUGGGAGCCCAGAGAACAUCGAGCAGGCCAAGAGGCUGCUGAGUGAGAUUGUGGAGCAGUGUCGGUACGGCCCAGGUUUCCACAGCGACAUGGACGGCAACAGCUCCAUCCAACAGAUCCUCAUCCCUGCCAACAAAGUCGGCCUGGUCAUCGGCAAAGGAGGAGAGACCAUCAAACAGCUGCAGGAGAGAACAGGAGUGCAGAUGAUAAUGAUUCAGGAUGACCCCAUGCCCACUGGAGCAGACAAGCCCCUGAGAAUCACUGGGGAUCCCCACAAAGUGCAGCAAGCCCGUGAACUUGUGGUGAAGCUCAUCCGAGACAAGGACCAGGGAGAGUUCAGGGUUGGCAGAGCGGACUUUGGAUCCAAAAUGGGAGGAAGCAGUCUGGAUGUGGUUGUACCAAGAUUUGCUGUCGGCAUCAUCAUUGGCAGGAAUGGAGAGAUGAUCAAGAAGAUCCAGAAUGAUGCAGGGGUCAGGAUCCAGUUCAAACAAGAUGAUGGAGUCAGUCCUGACAGAGUUGCUCAGGUGAUGGGCCAGCCCGACCACUGCCACCAUGCGGUCCACCUCAUCAAUGAACUGGUUCAAACUGCUCAGGAGCGAGACGGCUUUGGAGGUAUAAUGGGACGUCGAGGCCGAGGUGACUGCAGCAUGGGAGGACCUGGAGGACUGCAGGAGGUCACGUAUGCAGUGCCUGCUGACAAGUGUGGGCUAGUGAUUGGCAAAGGUGGAGAAACCAUCAAGAACAUCAAAGAGCAGUCUCGUGCCCACGUGGAGCUCCAGAGAAACCCACCGCCCAACACCGACCCCAACGUGCGCAUCUUCUCCAUCCGUGGCACCCCUCAGCAGUUGGAAAAGGCUCGCCAGCUGAUCGAUGAGAGAAUUGGGGGCCCAGGAAUGGGAAGCAACAGCAGCUUCGGUAUGAAUCCCUAUAACCAAGGACCAACCACUCCUCCUCAACAUGGGCCUCAAACGUUCAUGCCUGGAGGAUGGGGAACAACUUUUCAAAUAUGGCAGCCUCAAGGCCAACAGGAGCACAGUCACAAUGGAUCCCAGACGGGCCAGAUGGACUGGGAGCAGUAUUAUAAAAAAGUUGGUCAGCAAAACCAAGCUCAGAGCACUGCUCCUGAAUACAACAAAGCCUGGGGCCAGACAGCUGGUCCUGCAUCUCAGCAGACCUCCAAUCCUGACUACAACGCCUGGGUUGACUUCUACAGACAGCCGAUGGCUUACUUAAACCAGGGCGCACAGCAGACACAAGCCCCAGGCUUUCAGGAUCAUUAGAGAGGACGCCCAGAUGAAAGACUUGAAUCACUGCGAGGAUGAAAACAACCCUUUUUUAAACAGAGGGGGUUUUAGAUUUGCAACGCCUUGAAGACUUUUUUUCUUAGUGAGAAACACUAGCUGUAGAAUGACUUAUAUGAUAAAGUAAUAUUUCUAAAAAUCAGGAACAUUUAUUUGUUACUAAAUGCUUGUGUACACUGUUAUUUUGGAUAGACGGUAUCUGGGAUCCCUUUUUGGACUUGAGAGAGCUGUUUUCGUUUUGUGUUUUUUUUUCUAUAUUUUUUUUCCUGUCUUUGACGCAGAUUGUACCGCCAAAAUGAACCCAAAAGUUGUAACAUUUCAAACGGCAAUAUGAUCUAUUUUUUCUAGUUAUGUUGAAAUGAAACCAUGGUUAUUGUGCUUAGCAGUCUUGAAUACCGUUUGUCAUAAUGUCAUAAGAUGUUUAAAAAGAGUGUGUUAAAAUGUUUUCCUUUUACAUAAUUCAGUGAAAUGAAACUGUGAUGUUUUGUUACAGGAAAUGUAUUUUUGUUACAAGGCUUAAAAAUGAGGAUUAAUGUCAGCCAGUGGCAAUAGUUCUAAUUUAAUUCCUGUUGUGCAUUGUAUGCUGUUUUUCAUUGUCAUUUUAUUGUACUCUGGUUUAAAAACAAAAAAGGUGCAAUAUCUUAUUUCACUUUUGAAACAAAGAUGGGUUCUCUAAUAUUUUGACAGACUUUUAACUUGUAGUUUUAAUGUUUUUUUUUCUUCUUUUUUCCAAUGAAAAUGUCAUGGAUAAUUUAUUACCAUUAUCUGAUAUGAUAGGAUUUAGGGGGAUGUUGCAAAUAGCUUUUCUGCCUUUGCUACCUUGUAAAACUAUGUAUAUAUGCUCAUAUAUUUGACUGUUAAUUUAAAAUAUAUAUGUUUCAUAUAUAUAUACUUAUAUAAAAAAAAAAUAUUUUUGUUUUCCUGUCAUCAGUGUUGCAGGAAAAUUGUCCCUCUUUUCUGUUUUCAUACUGAAAAUGUUCAAAGAUUGUGAAUGUGUGAUUUGAAAUUUGAUGUUGCAUCUUGUUAUGAAGAAAAAAAUAAGAAGUGGUAGAUUUUUGUGUAUGUUCUGUACCUGAGCUAUUCAAGACUGCUAAGCCUCUGUACUUCUACCUGUGUAAUAAUUAAUGUAGUAUUUUUAUGUUUUAAGUAUUAUGAUCAAAAACUUGUCUUAUUUGGUACCUCCCAGUUCACUAACGCCCCACUGAGCCCUGGCUGUGGACCCAGUGGGGCGUUGGACUCAGUCCAAUGCUAAUAACUUUUUAAUUAAUUUUUUAUUUCUUUGUGUGAUCUAAUAUAAAUGGUAUAAAUGAUGCAUCAUUAUGGAAAAAUGAUUCUGGUAUUAACGUCAUUUCUUAAUGAAAAGGGAUAUAAUUUCAAAAAUGUCUAAUUAUGGUGUUUGGUUUUUUUUUCCUUUCUGUGUACAGUUAACCAUGUAUUAAAAACAUCCAGACUACCUUUAUUGUGUACUUGUUAAGCUGCUUUUCUGUUUGAUGACGCGGUUAUGAACAUGUGGAUGUCUUUUGUUGUAUUCUGAAGCUCUAUUGUGUAUAUUCUAACAGGUGAUGCGUGGAGGAUCUAUAGGCCAACUGUGUGUUUUCAUGUUUUAUAAGCAGAAAAUAUAUUUUCUAUAGUCCAAUGCCCGUUCUCAAAUUCAAAUAAAUGUUCCGCAAGCCUCUCUUGUGGUGGAGUUAUA